AUGGCCCCGAACACCAGCAGCACCUCGGCGCCGAAAAAUCGGAAGAAGGGCAGAAAGCCUGGAAUCCUCAACGGGGUCACAGGUGCUGUGAAUAAACGGCACCGUAAACGACGUGAGAGUUACAGCACCUACAUCUUCAAAGUACUGAAGCAAGUGCACCCGGACACUGGAAUAUCCGGCAAGGCCAUGGCAAUCAUGAACAGCUUCGUCAACGAUAUCUUGGACAAGCUGGCCGACGAGUCAGCUCGGCUAGCAAUCUACACCAAGAGGCACACCAUCACUGCUCGUGAAAUCCAGACUGUGGCCCGCCUUAUGCUGCCCGGUGAGCUGGCGCGUCAUGCUGUUUCGGAAGGAACGAAGGCAGUCACAAAGUACACCACUUCAAUGGCACCAGCACAGUGA